GCUGGGGUGCGGUGGGGUGCGGUGGGGUGCGGGCGCGGCCGGCGAGCGUGUGGUCCGAGGUUCCCGCAGGCGCUGCGGGCUUUGGAAAGCCAUUAUGGCCAAACUGCUCCAACCUCCCCCCAAGUUCCUGCCCUCAGAGUGGCAGGUCGCUAACAAGAACCAGUACCACAGAGCAGAGGCCCAGCGGUCCCGGUCCGAACGCCUGGUGGCAGAGAGCCAGAGGCUUGUGGAUGAGAUUGAAAAGACCACGAGGAAGUCUCAAAGCGAUGUGGACAAGAAACUAGAACAGAGGCUCGAGGAAGUCCGGUUCUGGAAGAAGGAGCUGGACGACAAGCUUGAGCAGCUGGUGUACAUCACAGAGGACCUGCUCACAUACCAGACCAGACUGGUGAACGCCCUGGAGAGCAUGAAGGAGCCCCUGCAUAUCAACCAGAUGUGCCUGGAGUACAGGGAGAAGCGGGUGGGCAUCGACCUGGUGCACGACAUGGUGGAGCAGGAGCUGGUGAAGGAGGCCGAGAUCAUCCGCGGGGUCAUGGCCCUGCUGACCCGCACCCUGGAGGAGGUGUCUGAGCAGAUCAGGCUGAACCGCUCGGCCAAGUACAACCUGGAGAAGGACUUGAAGGACAAGUUUGUGGCCCUGACCAUAGACGACAUCUGCUUCUCCCUCAACAACAACUCCCCAAACAUCCAUUACUCGGAGAACGCUGUGAGGGUCGAGCCACACUCCGUGAGUCUGGAAGACUGGCUGGACUUCUCCAACAACAACGUGGAGAAGGCCGACAGGCAGAGAAACAACUCGCUGGCCCUGAAGGCCCUGGUGGACCGGAUCCUGUCGCAGACAGCCAGUGACCUGCGCAGGCAGUGUGAUGUGGUGGACACGGCGUUCAGGAAUGGGCUGCAGGAGACCAAGGCUGCCAGGGACCAGCUGGCCGCACACAUGGCCAAGGUCAUGGAGGAGAUCGCUUGCCAGGAGAAGAACGUCACGGUCCUCGAGAAGGCCAUCCUUGACCAAGAGGGGCCUGCCAAGGUCGCUCACACGCGCCUGGAGACCAGAACCCACCGGCCGAACGUGGAGCUAUGCCGCGACGUAGCGCAGUACCGGCUGCUCAGGGAGGUGGGUGAGAUCGCCCACAAUGUGGCCAGACUGAAGGACGCCUUGGGCCAGGCCCAGGCAGAGCUGCAGGGCCUGCACCACAGGCAGCUGGCCCUGCAGGAGGAGAUCCAGGUCAAGGACAACACCAUCUACAUCGACGAGGUGCUGUGCACCCACAUGAGGAAGUCCAUCCCCCUGCGGGAUGGCGGUGACCAGGGCCAGCAGGCGGGGGGCUUGCAGCCCGAUGCUGUCUGCUGA